CGCGGAUGAGUUAACUUUGGCCCCACGUCGAUACGAUGAUGUACUUCUUUGUAUUUGUAUAAAAAGAGAAACUAAUUUUUGUGAGAACGAUUACAUAUAUAUCAGGGUGGUGAUGGAUAAUGUUACUUUUUUUAUAUUGUGUUUGUCCAAUAGAUAAAAGAUUAGUUUAUGUGUCAACUGAGUGUAGGUUUCGUUACUAGAAACUCUUAAAUGUUGGUAGAGAAAAGUAACGUCAAAAUGUCGUAACUUUAGUAAGAUGUGAAGAAUAAAAUAAUGUGAUAAUUAGAAAGUGUACAUGUUUAUUAGAGCUCAGGAGUGUAGAAUUGAAAAAAAAUGUUUUUAGUGUUUAAGUGAAAAUGUAGGCUAAGUGCUGUCUUGAAGUUAGAUGGUCGUGUUUUUAUAAGCAGUAAAUAGUUGCCAGCAUCACAAAACCCUGUUUGAAAAGGGAAAAAAAUCGCAGUCUUCAGUUUAAGGGCAAGAAGUGUUUUAUGGUGGUAUAAACUAUUGUGAACAAAUAGGCAAUAUCAAUGAAAGUAAACUAAUAGAGCAAAUGGACUCGUAGAAAUUCUCAGCACUGUUGUUCACUAAAAAAAAAAAAAUCCACUUUGAUGUUCACUGUCAAGUGACUUACCAGUCUUGUUAUACAUAUUUAAUGAAAAAUGAAGACGAUGAAGACUAAAAGCGACUAAACGACUGAAUAUGCGUUUCAUGUAAUUCAUAACUAUGAAAGAGCAAGGCAUAUUUUUUUUGCGGCUUCGUUGAUAAGAGAAGAAAAGUGGAAGACAAAUGUGAGGCCAUAUCUUAGGAUUUCUGAUCGUUGAGAUAGAGGGCACACAACAGAUUAAGCUCGAAUAAGUAUCUGAGCAAUCCUCCAUAAAAUUAUUUUGGAAUAAAAUUAUGUGUGGACGAACUUAAAUGUCUUUGUGUAUCUUUGAGUGUAUAGUCUACAAUAUUUCAAAUUGAAAAACUUGGAUUUGUUAUUGUUUAAUAGCUGUAACCAUAGUUAGUUUCUGGAAGGUAAUCUUGUGUCGUCACUCUAAAUUUUUCUAAGUAGUCGAAAAAGAUUUGUGUGAUUAUAUGUCUAUUCGGCUGAAAUGAUGUUUCUAACAUUUGGUGUGAAUAUGAAAAAUAAAACCUCCAAUUAGAAUGACCAAAAACGGAUGUACUAAACCACUUUCAGAUUUUAUGGUUGAAAAGAUUACUAGCUUAAAUUCAUUACUGGUGAAUUGCCUCUAAACCCCUUUUUCUAAGUAAUUCACAUUUUAAAAAGAAAACUUUCCCCUCUCCAAGUGAGCUCAUUGAAUCUCAUAGAGGGAAAUCAGAGUUGGCGUCUCCACAAUAUUAAAUGAGGUUGCCUCCUCAAUUGGAGGGACACCAGCCCUCAAAAUAGCGGAAGAGAGUAGCACUGAGCUCCCCCUCCCUCUACCCCGAAGCUGUCCAAAGAAACCUCCAGGUACCAUCGACCUAGAGGGUCCGUCAGGUUCUGGAGGGAGUGAAGGCGUCGAAGGCACCGAAGCUGCUGGCGGUAGGGGUAGAAGUGGAGGGGUACCACAAGGGCGCGGAAGGAGAAGGUUAUUCCGAGGCCUCCGACCAGGCUUAGCUGCCGCACGCGGGGAUCGUGGUGGAGGGGCAGGUGGGGGCAAAGCCUGCAAAGCCAUUUCCCCUGUGGCGGAGAUGUUCAGGCCUGUAGGGCUUCUGUUGCAUUCUCAGUCGGUGCCCUGCUUCGGCUCUUACGAGAACAUCAGUCAUCUGGACGUCCCCGAUGCCGGACCUAAGAAACGACUAGUGCAAGGAAGAGAUGGCGGUCGAGGGGGCGCCGGCUAUAUGAACUUACCCUCUCCGAAUGUUGCAGCUGAAGACAAUGAGCCCUCACUGUUCCGAGGAGAGGGCGAGGCGUCCGACUCGGACACCGGGGAGGAGCCAGGACCUCCAGCAUCAGCACUCACUCGAAGGAGAGCCUUGGUGCCCCCAAAACUUCUCACCGAUACUGCCAACUAUGACCCCCAGGAACACGACUCACCAACUGCCAUCAAUGGGUGCGCCGACAGCAGCGUGGCUCGGAACAAGCGCCGAUCGAGCAUUGUGGUCAUACCGCCAAUGCAAAUCUGUCCUGGCGACCUCCUCGUCUAUUCUAAGGUGCUCACUCAGCGGACCAACCUCUUAGCGGGAGAACUGGAUGGGUCGACACAAAGCCUAGCAGUAACAGAUGCAGAUCCCGUUGGAACCCGGAAGGGAAAGAACACCUGGUCCCUCCUGAGGCUUUUCGAUCGAUCCAGCCGAACCAAAUCGGAGUCCUUAUGCGGCCUGGAGGAGGUUCUCAGCUGCCUUCAGCCCAGCGAAUUCGAGGACGAGCAGCUCUCCAGGUUCAAAGGGAUGUGCUGGACAGACUUUGUCUCUUACAUGGAGGGGGGUCAGCAGGGAGGGGCCGACUCCCCCACAUCGACGGAGUCGCAAGAUGCGCCCCUCCUGCGAUCGGAGAGCCACAGCCCCAACCCUCCUCUGGUGGCUCUGAACGACCGCGCCCUCCUCAUCGCCCCUUCCAGACCAGAGACCCGCAUUGAGCCCUACAACUCUUCAUCCGCUUCCUCCUCUUCGGCCGACAGACACGGCGAGAAGCUCGACCGCCUGUCGGCCCUGUCGUGCCUUGAACGUGAAACGCCCCUGCCCCGCAAGCGUCACCCGAUGACCAUCAUGAGGACGAUGAGUGAACGCUCGUUAGACCGCGGUCGGGCCGGCCACCUCUUGAGUUUACUUAGUGAACGGGUGCAUCCGGAUAGGUCCUCUGUGAAAUCUCAUUACAAAUUAGCCAAUAUCAGUAACACUAAUAGUAGCAAAGGACAGUCUGCCGCUGCCGCGGCGGCAGCGGCAGCAGCAGCGGCAACAGCGGCUGCCGCUGCUGCUUCAACAACAACUACGACUGCUGUUGCCUCUACUUCGCCUUCGUCAGCUACCUGUACGGCCGGGAUCGGGGGCUUGAGUUCCAUAAGUGGGGGGAUGAGCGGUGUCAGUGGGGUUUUGUCAGGAGUUGACCGAGUGCUGGAAGCGGCCAGAGACAAUGUUCAGGCGGCUCUCAAUAAGAACGAGACCAAAAGGAGGGAGGCCGUGUGGGACCUGUUCCAGUCAGAGUGCGCCUUCCUCUACGACCAUCUCAUGGUCCUCAAAAAUGUAUACAUGGAGCCUCUGAAGAAGAUCCAGGUGGACGGCUAUGCCAUGUUCGCCGAGCCUGAAUUGCUCUUUGGGAACCUCGAUGAAUUAUGUUGUGUAAGUAAUAUUUUCUGCAAAGAGUUUUCAUCAAUCUCUUGGAAACAACAUCAAGUCCCAGGAGGUCAGCUGGAUACGACGAACGUUCUUGUCAAACUCUUCCAGAAGGGCAGCAAAGCCACCAUGCUUUGCCAAGCUUAUCACCGAUACGCUCUCAACUACAUCAACGCUUUGAACUACCUCGAAACCCUAAGGCGACAGCUCGAGUUCUGUGAAUUCGAAAAGUGGUGCAACCGUGACCCUCGAUGCAAGAAACUGCAACUGACGGACCUGCUGGUAGCCCCCGUGCAACAUAUCAUGAAGGUUCCGCUCAUUCUCAGGGACAUCGAGGGUCGGACAGAAGACCCUCAGGAGAGAGCCGUCGUCAGGGAGAUCAUCGAGGCCGAGGAACAUUCGCUCAGGGAGCUGGACGACAAAAUGAAAUGGCUGAAGAACUUUGAACGACUUUUGGAAAUCCAAAGAAAUAUCGUUUGGCCUCCCGUCACUGAACUUGACCCAAAGGUGUACAUUCCAGAAUUCCUCAAGGGCGCCAUCUCGCGGCAGCCGUGCGAACGUCUGAUCGUAUCGCCCCGGCGCCAGAUCAUCUUGGAAGGAUCUCUGCACAUGCUCGACAACAACAAACCGCAGGAGAUGUACGUCAUCCUGUUCGACGACAUGCUGCUUGUUACCCGUAGGAAGAAAGGACUACAUAAAAAGAAAUCUUCCCUGACGGAGAACUGGCCGAGCUCUUGCUCCAGAGGAUCCUCCGGAGGGGAAUCUGCUCUCCGAUACAUCGUCUACAAGCAGCCCCUCUCGCUCGACCGAUUUUUCAUCCACGACGUCACCCCACACGAAUCAGCGGCGUCCAAGCUGGAAGCUGCGUUCGUCUUGGUGAACCUCAACCGCUUCCAGCAGAUCGUCGCUGUGUACACUUUCCAGGCACAAACAGAACAAAUCAAGCAAACCUGGCUGCUGAAACUGCGGGACACUCAGGACAAGUGGAAGAGGACCCUGCAGAACACGGUCUUCAGGUCUCAGCGCCUGCCGUCGUCGGCCACAACCCCUCCAAAAGGCACUCAAUUCCUUCGGGAAGCAAGUCUCCAGAGAGAGUACCCUUAAGCAAUACACAGCAAAUUCGUCUUUUCAAGGACAGCUGCUGAAGAGAGAAAGAAAUCAGAACAGGUCUGGAAACAGUAUGCGUAUAUAUGUGUAUAUAUGUAUACCUGUACUUUCAUGUAUAUGCACAUAUGUAUAACACAACAGGCAAAAACCACCACCUUCACACACCGUCACUUCAACGUAGAUGUAACUUGCGAAGAAAGUCACCUUGGAAACGUCAGUCCGAACACCGCGAUGGAAAACGAAUUGCAAACACCUUCCGAGGAGAAACUGAUUUCUUUAUAUUUCUAUACGUAGCUAUAAAGACUCUUCUAAUCACCAUUGUGAUCGUUAGCGCGCGCUGAUGCUCCAAUCACCAUGGACUGGUUUUGGGAAACGGCCAGUUCGUUUCGUUCUUUUCAACAGAAAUGAUUUCCUAGGGUUUGUACCUUUUCAGCAUCAAUCCAGGUCGCUGGAGAAAGCCUUCAUCAUAAUUGCCAUUUCCGUAUGAUGAAGUUAUUCAUUUGCAUCAUCACAGACAUCGUCAGUGUUAUCGCUUUGACCAUCAUCAACCAUCCUGCCUAUUCAGUUUCCAUAUCAUCAUCAUCAUCAUCCAGUGCCAGUCUGCAUCAGGAUUCACCAUCAUUCAUCCUCAACACCCUUCACCAAAUGCCUUUUUAUAUUAUAUAUAUACUAAUAUGUCAACAUCACCUACACACUCAUUGCUUCAGCACGGCCUUGUUCAUCUUCAUAUAUAGUCGUUAUUUUUCCAUCAUCAUCAUUAUCAUCAUCGCCAUCACCACUGCUUAUCAUAAUUGAUAUGCUAUCACGUCUUGUAAGACUUCUUUGGGAGCAGCUGUUGCAAUCACUUCUUGUUUUUAUCCUGUCAUUCGAAAUACUUUGCAGAAGAUGGUCCUCCUACAAAGCAUCUGAAUUGGCUUCAACUGAUGAAAUAUGCAUACAUACUUACAUACAUAGAAACGUACAAACACUCAUUCAUAAUAUCUGUAUAUGAGUGUACUAUAUAUAUAUAUAUAUAUAUA